GCAUUAAAAGCAUUAUUAAAAUUUUAUUAAAAUUAGAGAAAAAGCGUUGUGAAUUUAAUAUAGAAAAAAAUAAGCGAAAAGCAAACAAAACCAAAACCAAAAAAAAACACCAAAAACUAUUGUCUAUUAGUAGUUUUUAACGGUACAUUUUAAAUCAAAUCUUUUAAACGAGCUUCUAAAACGAAUUCGCAAACGACAAAAGGCAACAAAAAAAACAUUCACCUUAACCUUAACAGCAGGAAAAGACAACAACAAAUAUCGGUUUAGCCUAAAAGCAGGCAACACGAAAAUUUAUACAAAUUCGGCGACGCCAGCUGCGACGCCGACUGCAACGACAACUGCAGCAGCAGCAACAGCAGCAGCAGCAACAGCAGCAGCAGCAGCAGCGGCGACCUUGGCGUGCGCACAUUUGCAUUCGGCUAUUGGACAAUAGAGGGCGCCACGCUAACUGCCGCCCGCCGUCAUGACAGGAAGUGAGGCCUGCGGCUUACGUGCGAUUUUGGCCUUCGCAUAACCUUAAGCCGAGGGGCGAGCGCUUUCACCUUUUGCCACGGUUGGCCAUUUUAAAAUGCAGGAAAUGAGCUACCUGCAGGAUAAUUCCAAAUUGGAGGCACUCACCAAAGCCGUACUCAUCUCCAUAGUGGGCGUGGCCAUAGUACUAUCCAAUUUGUUAAUUAUAGCUACCUAUGCGAACUUUAAAGGUCCCACAGAGGUGAUUAACUAUUAUCUGCUAUCGCUGGCAAUUGCCGAUCUGCUAUGCGGACUGCUGGUGGUGCCCUUCUCCGUCUAUCCCGCGCUGACUGGCGAAUGGAUGUACGGGGAUAUCGUUUGCCGUUUCACCGGCUAUCUGGAGGUUACGCUGUGGGCCGUAUCCGUCUAUACGUUCAUGUGGAUAUCGGUGGAUCGUUAUUUGGCGGUGCGCAAGCCGCUGCGCUACGAGACGGUGCAGACGAAGACGCGGUGCCAGUGUUGGAUGGUGUUCACAUGGAUAUCGGCCGCUUUGCUGUGCUGUCCCCCAAUUCUCGGCUAUACGCAGCCGAUUGAGAACAAUUUGUCGCACAUUUGCAUGCUCGACUGGGGCAAUAUGGCGGCAUAUACCGUUACAUUGGCAAUAUUAGUAUUAGGUCCCAGCCUCAUAUCGAUAGUACACAAUUACGGUUAUAUAUUUGUAAUGAUGCGCAAGCUGAGAUCGGGCGAGCCCAUACAUGAUAAAGAGUAUGCAACUGCAUUGGCUGAAAAUUUAUCGAACCCUAGUCAUAUGAUGUCAUUCGCAUUAGUCUUUGCAUUCUGGAUGUCCUGGCUGCCAUGGAUACUAUUGCGUCUAUACGAGGCGGUCAUGGGCGAGGUUAUCCAAAGUACUCUCAUCAAUUUUGCGGUCGUCUGGAUUGGCAUAUUGAAUUCAUUUUGGAAAAUUUUGAUAAUGUCUAGCAUGUCGCCACAAUUCCGGAUCGCAUUGAGAGUAUUUUGUUUAACCAUUUGCUGUAAGACUAAGGGCAGAUUGCAAGCUGAAUUAAUCGGGUUGGACCCAGAUGACUAGAGUCGUUAAAUUUUCAAGUAUAAAUUGGUUGUAAAUCGAAAAUUAAUUAAAUUAUGCAACUCUGUGUCAUUGCCACAAAACAUUUACAUAUAACUGAAUCGUACUUGCCGCCUGGCCACAUAGUUGCAUUUUUUUUAUGGAUCGCUGGCGACGCUUCGCAACACUCCAAAAACCAAAAUCCGUAAAAGAAAAACACGAAACACAACUAACAGAAACUAAUAACUAAUUGAAAGACAUAUUCAUUUGAGAUAGCCCGUAAGCUAAGUUUGGUAAGAGUUUUAAACAUAAUUAUGUUUCGGAUUCGAUUGUAUUAUGUAUUGUGUAUUUAUGAGCUUACAAAACGUAUAUAUCUAUUAUGUAUAUGUAUGUAUAUAGCGUAUAUGUAUACAUAUCCAGCUAUAUACCCCACAAAAAACAACAAAAAAAAAACUUAUAACAAGGCCUAAUCUACUUCGAAAAUUCAAUUCAAUUUCAAAUUGCAAAUGGCUGCAUUUCCGUUUCCCUUUCCGUUUCCCUUUCCGUUCCGUUUCGAGCAGCAGCUCUUUAGCAAAGGCUACUCUUACAAAAAAAAUAAAAAGUGUGUACACACUUGGCGUGUUAGGUUUUCUUCUUCUCUAAAAGUCCAUAUUUAGUAGCAUUCUAGAAUUUAACAGCAACAACAAUUUAUCGAUAAUCGAUUAUUUAUCGAUAUGCCAAAGACAGAGACAGGAGCGUAGUUAGCAAAAAAAAAAAAAAAAACAAACGUAGUUCCACGCGUUCCACAAGUUCCGCCAGUUCCAAAACGAGUUCGUAUUUCGAUCUGCGCACGCUUCAGCGUUAAAUUAAAACCAAAGCGAAAAUUUAGAAGGAAAAACAAAAACAAACAAACAGUACUUAAAUAAACUGAGUUCGAAAAAACGAAACCAACACGAAACACAUUUCCAGUAGUUUUUAGCGCAACUAAACUAAAUAUUAAUACAAAAUCGAAAGAAAAAAAAAAAAACUAUAUAUUUAGUUU